AUGUGGCAGCUGCGCUCCCUGCGAGAGUAUCCCCGAUGUUUGAUCGCUCAACUAUCUCCACCGUGUUGCAAAACCCGCUGUUACUUAGGCUGUAACAGCAUUGUUGGAAAGGAUGAAAAACAUUCCGAGCAGCGCACUGUACUCCAUUCACCGAUCGACAAAGAUCCACUGACACCUCCACGAGGAUGCUCCGGCAUUUCGAUCUCGAAGGAAUGGAUACUGACACACGGUGCUGCGUUGGACUCGAUCAUCGAUAAAUCCCGCGUGAUCUCCAGUUUCAUUAUGAAUAUGAUACCGGGAGAACUCUCGAUGGUGCCGAGAGAACUCACGAGCAAAUUGAAAUUCCGGGCCUAUCGCGAACUCGCGAUCGAUGACGAGUCUCGACGGAGCGCGAUUCAGGAACAUGACGGCACGAUCGUGGCUGCCUGGUGGUGUCCACUUCUGAAGAAGGCCUUCGACGAGUUCUUCAAAACGUGGAGCUUCCCCAAAUCUACCGAGUUUGAUCGAUCGCUGCGACCGAUUUUCCUUCUCAUACGUAUCUACGAUUCCGAUGAGUCGGUCGUGGAAAUUCCGACGGUCGAACAAGCUCUGUCUUGUCUGCUGGAUCAAACUCCGCGGAAUCAUACGCGCGGAUCAUCCGUGGAAAUCGAGUCGACGCCGUUCAGCAAUCCUGUGUUCAUCGGCUCGAUCGCGCGCGGCGUUAUCAGCAACGUCAUUGGCGACGAGGACUGUAUUAUCACCACGGACGCGUACGCGUUUCCCGGUGGUGAGGGUGGUCCCGUUUAUGUCAUCCCGACGAAUUGCAAAAGUAGAAUUAUCAGCGGAAUGGUGAUCGCGCCGUUGAGCUGGUGUCGCGGAGAAUGGGUAGAUUACACCUUCGCCGCCAAUCUUACACCGUGUUUGCUCAACAUUCUGCGGAAAAAGGAUCUUUCUCGUCCUUCGAUCAUGGAUCACGCAUACUACGAAGAUGCAGAUGCAUUAGAUAGAGGCGUUGUGCUUGUUAGAUGCGGAAUUAAUUGGGGUACGGGUGUCCUCGUGGAUAAGGAUACUGGUACAUUCCUGACGUGCUCGCACGUCGUCGCGGAGGCGCCAGAAAGGGAGAUAUCCAUUGUAAUGAGAACGAACGAGCCUAAUUCACGUGUCAACGCGAAACUGUUGUACAGAACUCCGGAGAAUCAACCUUAUGACAUUGCUGUAUUGAAGGUGGAUUCGCAAGACGUGGAUCCCUGGUUAAGACCAAUACGAUUAUCAGAUGCUCCGAUUUUAAAGGGUGAGCCGGUGGUCUCCAUAGGAUUUCCCUUUUCUUCAACCAUCCGGCCGACCAUCAGCGGCGGCGUGGUCUCCAAGUCGAUGGACUGCGCGCUCCUGACGACCUGUUGCGUCCAGAGUGGUACCAGCGGCGGGCCGAUCGUCAGCCGAGUGACCGGCGACAUGCUGGGAAUAGUCGUAUGCAACGUGGUCUCCUCGGACGGCAACGUGCUCUACCCGCGGAUGAGCUUGGCGGUGCCGGCCACCACGCUGAGCGGGCCCCUGCGGGAAUACUUGCGCACUGACAAUCCCGAUGUACUUCGAACUUUCACGUCCAGUGAUGCAGUGGUACGCAAGAUUUGGGAUUUUUAUCCUUUCCUGCUAUCAAAGUUGUGAAAAAAAAACAAGAUGAGGUUUUAGAGAGAAUAAUCUAUGGAGAAUAAGAAUAAACUAUAAAUAAAUUAUGAUUCGUAGACCGAAUCUGGUCAACUAUCCAUUUUUGUAUAGCCUGCGUAAUUAUUAAUAUUAUAUUUUAAAUAAAAA